UCAUAUUUCGAAAAUAAAUUACAUUCGGCGCGAAAACAUUUGUUCCGCACAAAAACACGAGCAAUUAACGGUUUCACGAUCGUAUGGUUGUUUUCUGAAUUUCGAAUAACUUUUUAAGCAAGUAGGUAUAAAUCCAUUGGUGAGAGUGUAAUGUUUGUAGUUUCUUAGAAUUUUGAGAAACCUUAUCAUCAUGAAGUUUCAUUUGGCGGUAUUAGUCGCUCUGUCAUCUUUACUUUUAAUAAAUGUACAAAACACAUCCACUUACCAGACGAGAGAAAUCCUACCCUCGACUGGAUUAUGGAAUUACCUUCCAGUUUUCGGAAUAUGGGCUCGAAUCGUGCAUUAUUUAGCAGUCGAUUCGGAAGGUUUGGGUAACCAGGUGAAAGACUUGGAUAAAUAUUUCAAAAGUCGUUAUCCGGGUAAAUACGUACCUCUGGUGAACAAAGUGGUUGAAAAGCUUCCCAAAGUGAUCAUAGCUUUCCGCGUUUUGAAAAUCAAGGACAAUCUGCGUAACGUACGAGACCCCAAAACCGGACGUACCCUGGGGGAGGCAAUCGACAUUAUCCAUGAUAUAGGAAACGAUGAAUACGCCGUGAACGAAAUCGCCUCGCGUUUGAAUUUAGUCGACCCUGAUAACAUAUCGAUGGGUGGAUCUACAUCGACUUCCGAUUACGAUUUGAGGACCACCAUAAAAAAUGUUAUACUAGAAAAUCCUAUGCUGAUCGGAGACGUGUUGAAAGAUCCGCAAGUCGUCAACUUUAUUUCCGGCUCUGUUUUGCAAUACCUAGCUAGCAACCAGGUGGUUCACGGAAUCGAAUCUCUACAACAGCUCAUCACCAUUGGUGAAAUCACUCAUCCAAAAAUGUUCCAAGAAGGUACAAACUCGUUAGCUGAUUUACGCGACGAUAAAACCGGAAUGAGCUUAAUCAAGACAUUGGAAGCAUUGGUGAAUAUAAUUGAAAAUCCCAACUUCCCCAAAGAACUGGCUAAAUAUUUGAAUGCCGAAACUGUAGGUUAUUUGCACGAAAAAACUCAAAAAGUCGUAUCGAAAGUCAUCGAGAAAAAAUCCAAUACUCCGAAAACCAGUCCUGAUGCAUCCUCGUCGGGUGAACUGAGUGACGAUCAGAUUCUAGAAGAUGUCAAAAACGAUGUUGCAAAAAUAUCCGCAAAAGAUUUCGUUGGUACUUUAGGUAUGCUGAAUAUUAAGCUAGACGAGCAAACCGCCGAAAGUAUUUUACAAGCGUCGCAAAAUAAUGAACUAGGCAGCAAAGCCAAUGAUUUUUUAAAAGAGUUGGCAGCGGAGAAAGACCUGUCACCUAAAAUAGUAGUUGAGUUUAUAGCUAAAAAAGGUGUCGUCUUAGAAGAACAAUCGGUCAUCGAUGCUGUUCAGUUGAUAUCUUCGUUGAAUUCGGAUUCGUUAUUGACUAUUUUACACGAGGUAGGCUUGAAUUUACCUAAAGAGCAAGUCGAACAGAUGCAGACAAUUGUAAAAGAAUUGAAUGAGGAAUAUAAUAAAAAACAUCCACUCCCAACGAAAAUACUACCUAGUUUCGAUCCAAGCGCAGAAGAUUCCAGAAAAGCUCCUCCCGAAAGCAUUUUUAACCGGAAUGAUGAGGAAAGAGAUGAAGAGUAAUGAUUCAUUUUAAGGAGAAUUUAUUAAGUUAUGUUUAUUUUAUCGUUGCAUGUUUCAAUUAAUUGGGUACCUACCUACCUACCUACCUACCUACCUAAUAUCUAAGCUAAAAAAAAAUUAUCAAUAAGUACGAUAACUUCAUUGAUCCCAAAUAAAGCAUGUUAUAAUAUCUCAAGAUAGAAUGAUUGGAAUAA